AUGGAGACCAAGCUUGGUGGAGCUCGUGCAAAGGAAAUAUCAGAUAGACUUCCUUUUGAUGGCGCCAUCCAUAUCGAAACAAUUGGGUACGCAGGAGGCCUUUGGCUGCUCUGGAAUGCUGAUAUUGUGGAGGUGAUUCAUUUGGCAGAUACAGAGCAAGAAAUCCAUGUGGAAGUGAAGGUACUUGCUACUAAACUCUCUUGGAUUUUUUCUGCUGUUUAUGCUAGUCCUAGGAUUGCUGAGAGAAAUACUUUGUGGGAAAAUUUAAUUAAAGUAGCCGAUCUUCAUAAUAAACCUUGGGUAAUAGCUGGGGAUUUUAAUGAACCCCUUUUGGAUGAAGAUAAGUUUGGAGGAAGGCCUGUUAGCAUUCAUAGAUCACUGUUAUUCAAAGAUUUUCUUGAUAAGUGCAAUAUGGAGGAUUUGGGAUUCUCGGGUCCCAGAUACACGUGGAGUAAUAGAAGGGAUUUAAAUAACCUCAUUCAAGAGAGAAUAGAUAGGUUUUUUAUGAAUCCUAGUUGGUGCCUCUUGUAUCCAGAAGCUAGGGUAUCCCACCUUACUCGUUGUCAUUCCGACCAUUGUCCCGUUCUCCUUGAAAUUGUCCCUAGACAGACCAAUUUUCUUAAUAGGCCUUUUAGAUUCCAAAGCUUCUGGUUGUCUGACCCUUCUUUUCCUCAAGUGGUGACUAAGGCUUGGAAUCAGGAUGAUAAUCUUUCAACUUCUAUUGAUAGAUUCACAAAUGAUGCUAUGAUAUGGAAUAAAAAUCAGUUUGGAAAUAUAUUUGAGAAGAAAAGAAGAUUAAUGGCUAGGCUUAAUGGAAUCUAG